CCUACUGGAUGGAGAACACUCUGCGGUCCUGAGGAGGAGGAACCGAACCCAAGUCUUCACCGACUGGGUCUACUUGUUGAUUCACCAGGAGAGGAGGAGGAGGGAUGCACACUUGACGUGACGUGUCUGUCGGGGGAAAAAAUAAUCAGAAAAAAAGAGCUCCAUUGCUCUCCAGAUCCACGCUGCUCAUGAUGCCUUCAUCACAGCCUCAAAUCCAGACGGUUUGGCAGCUUUUUGACACGGGUGACACCGGAAGGGAGAUGCUGCACGAUAGCUUGAAGGAGAAGAGUGCAGACCCCGAUGAGGUCCCCCAAAAGACCAUGUCUUCUUAACCCCGACCGCACCGCACCUACAUUCUUUGGUACAAGUGAAAGAUGAUCCAAACGGUGUCCAGGUCGGACAGCACGUUGCUGCCAGACGCCAUGGACAUCAUCCGGAGCAAGCACACCCGCCGAGUGAGGCUCAACGUGGGGGGUCUCCUCCAUGAGGUCCUGUGGAGGACCCUGGACCGGCUGCCCCGCACCAGACUGGGCAAGCUGUGGGACUGCAACACCCACGACUCCAUCAUGGAGAUAUGUGACGACUACAGCCUGGACUGCAACGAGUACUUCUUCGACAGACACCCCGGCGCCUUCACGUCCAUCCUCAACUUCUAUCGCACGGGGAAGCUGCACAUGAUGGAGGAGAUGUGCGCCCUGUCCUUCAGCCAGGAGCUGGACUUCUGGGGCAUCGACGAGAUCUACCUGGAGUCCUGCUGCCAGGCCCGCUACCACCAGAAGAAGGAGCAGAUGAACGAGGAGCUCAAGAGGGAGGCGGAGAACAUGAGGGAGAGGGAAGGCGAGGAGUUUACCACCACGUGCUGCUCGGAGAAGAGGAAGAAACUUUGGGAUCUCUUGGAGAAACCCAGCUCCUCGUUUGCUGCCAAGUCCCUGCAAUUUCCCCCUCUGUCUUCCUUUUUUUUUUCUUUUUGUCCCCUCCUGCUCCAGUCCGGCUGCACCAAACAUUAAAUAAAUCCAUUUAAUAAAGUCAAAUAAGAAUAAGGCAACAAAAGAAGUAUCCCACACUUCUGUUUUGUAAAAUAAAUCUGUAUAACAGAUAUGGGCAUCUACAAAACCCAAAACCAGUGAAGUUGGCACGUUGUGUAAAUCGUAAAUAAAAACAAUGAUUUGCAAAACUUUUUCAACCUAUAUUCAUUUGAAUACACUGUAAAGACAAGAUAUUUAACAUUUGAACUAGUAAACUUUGUUAUUUUUUGCAAAUAUUAGCUCAUUUGGAAUUUGAUGCCUGCAACAUGUUUCAAAAAAGCUGGCACAAGUGGCAAAAAAGACUGAGAAAGUUGAGGAAUGCUCAUCAAACACUUAUUUGGAACAUCCCACGGGUGAACAGGCUAAUUGGGAACAGGUGGGUGCCAUGAUUGGGUAUAAAAGCAGCUUCCAUGAAAUGCUCAGUCAUUCACAAACUAGGAGGGGGCGAGGGUCACCACUUUGUCAACAAAUGUGUGAUCAAAUUGUCGAACAGUUUAAGACUAGGGAUUUCCGAUAAUGGCUUUUUGCCGAUAUCCAAUAUUCCGAUAUUGUCAAACUCUUAAUUACCGAUGCCGAUAUCAACCGAUACUGAUAUCAACCGAUGCUGAUAUAUACAGUCGUGGAAUUAACACAUUAUUAUGCCUAAUUUGGACAACCAGGUAUGGUGAAGAUAAGGUCCUUUUAAAAAAAAAAAAAAAAUAAAAAUAAGAUAAAUAAACUAAAAACAUUUUCUUGAAUAAAAAAGAAAGUAAAACUGUCAGGCUUGUCCCUGACAGUUUGGUUAUGUUUUAGUUUUCCCUCUGUGUUUAUCUUUAUUUCCUGUCAGCGCUUUUAUUUUGGUUGUUUCCUGCUUGUCUCCCUGAGCGCUGUGUUCCCUCAGCUGCAGCUGAUUGGCACCUGGCCACACCUGGUGUCAAUCAGCCAGCUACUAUUUAAACCUGCCUUGCCAUCCAGUCUGUGCUGGAGUAUAGUCGCUAGAGCUACAACCUGUCUGAUAGCUAUUUACAGUUUGCUGUCUCCUAGCUCCUUGUUUUGUGUUUUCCUUUUAGCCAGAUCCUGUUAGCCGUUAGCUAUUUCCAGUUUUUCUGUUUUCUGGUUCCUGUUUCCAGUUUGGCCUUUCCUGAUUCCUGGUUUGGGUUUUACUUUUAUUUUGGACAUUAAAUUAUGUAUUCCCGCACAAAGCCUGCCUUCUCUGCAUCUUGGGGUUCGUCACCAACACUCCGUGACAAAAACAAUAUAAAAACAGUUGCAUAGAAACUAGUAAUUAAUGAAAAUGAGUAAAAUUAACUGUUAAAGGUUAGUACUAUUAGUGGACCAGCAGCACGCACAAUCAUGUGUGCUUACGAACUGUAUCCCUUGCAGACUGUAUUGUUAUAU